AUGGCUGCCACCCCAGCUCUGAGAGCAGCCGCACGCUCGGCGUACCGCGAUUUGCUGAGAGCAUCGGCAUCUACCUUCUCAGGCGAUGAACCAGUAAAACGAGCCUUCAGAUUGAAAAUGCGCACAGAGGCACUUGCUCUGGAUGAAGUUGCACGACAUGAUGCGAAGCAGGUGGAAGAGAAAAUCCAGCUAGCCAAGGACCUAGCCACGAUGCUGCGCAGAAACGUCGUGCAGGCACGGAAGAUCGAAAGUGGCAAAACUGGAGAGACAUGGAGUCUUCGCUUUACCAAGGAUACCGAACUCGGUGACAAUUCGACCAUCAAGAAUCCACCUCCAUUGCAAUCAAGCCGUCGCGCGCGGAAAGAUGGGAAAGGAGAUACCCCACUCAUAGAACCUGCUGCUCCGCCUGACCCUUCUCCCCCACGUAACUACUCAGCACUGAAAAAGGCACACAAAGAACGAAAGAUUCCGGAGUUGCGUGAAGAGGAUAUAGAAGAAUCAUUCGUUCGUGGUAGUGGCCCAGGUGGACAGUCGAUAAACAAGACCAAAAAUAACGUGCAACUCCUACACAAGCCUACUGGUAUCCGUGUGUCAUGUCAAGAGACCCGUUCCUUACAAACUAACCGCAUGCUUGCCCGUCGUCAACUACUUCAAAAGUUGGAUCAAUUGAAUAAUCCCGGCCUUUCAAAGGCUGAACUUCAACAAGCGAAAAAACUUGAAAGAGAGCGUCAGCGGCGUAAGAAGGCAAAGAAGAAAGCGAGACAGAAAGAGAGCUCUGGCGACGAAUGA